AUGAGUGAUCGAGAUUCUCAAGACGAUGUUGGGACUUUGGCUUCCUAUGACCCUAUGGAUGACAUUGACCGUAUUCUCCGUAGAUGGGAGGAAAGAGAUGCUGAUGAUGAGGUUGAAAGGCUAUUAUUAAUUAACCAUUGGUUAGAAACAGGUACAAUUAUUGCUCAACCAGAAUUGCAUGAGGUCUUCCACAGACGAUACACCGAUAGAUUCAGGGUUAUUCAUGAUCCUCAAAGACUGGACUGCAGAGGUGUACCAGGUCAUUCUCCCCACAUGAAGAUGCUUGCCUGCGUCAAGUUACUUGCCAAUGGUAUUGCAGCUGAUGCGAAUGACGAUUAUGUGAGAAUGGGAAAGACAACUCAGUACUUUUACUUGAAGCGGUUUUGUAGGAAUAUUGUGAAACUUUUUGGUCCGAGGUACUUGAGAAAACCCACACCGGACGAUGUAAAACGUUUGUUGAAGGAGAAUGAUGAAAGAGGUUUUCCUGGUAUGCUUGGAAGUGUUGAUUGUAUGUAUUGGCCGUGGAAGAAUUGCCCGACAUCGUGGGCUGGACAAUACAAAGGAUAUAAGCCAUGGCCCUCCAUUGUAUUAGAGGCAGUUGCAUCUUAUGAUAGAUGGUUUUGGCAUGCAUUUUUUGGUAUGCCUGGUUCGUGUAAUGAUCUCAAUGUACUCGAUGCAUCACCACCGUUCGACAAUAUCUUAUCGGAGGAUGCUCCACAAGUUGAUGUUCGUAUAAAUGGUCAUAGAUAUGAUAUGGGUUACUAUUUAGCUGACGGAAUCUACCCAAUAUUGUCAACUAUUGUUCAGUCUUACAAACAGCCGCAUAAUCAACAACAGACAUUAUUCAACGGUUACCAAAUGGGAAAAAGGAAGGAUGUUGAGCGGGCAUUUGGGAUUCCGCAAGCAAAAUUCCACAUUGUGGCAGGACCAGUAAGGUAUUGGGAUGAAGAUGACCUUAAGUACAUAAUGAAGACUUGUAUUAUUCUCCACAACAUGAUAUCUGAGGAUGAACGUCGUCAUGGUGCUUGGAAAACACCAGGAGCAGGAGAAAUGAGAAUUUAG